AUGAUUCAAGAGGGAGAAACAGAAAGAUUGAACGGUUGGGAACAGGUAGUCUGGCUUUACGAGAAGGCAGGCAUCUUUAGGCAUACAGGUAUCCCAAUGGGAAGGAACGAGUCCUCUCAUGGGCAAGAGCUCAAGAUGUGGAAGGAACAAGCCCCUUCAGGGCAAGAGUUCGAGAUACUGAAGGAACGACACAGCCAUCUCUCGUAA